GAGUACCAAACAACACAGUUACGCAUCUGAAGGAAAUAAAAAAUGUGGUCAGUGACAUGGAAAAACCAAAGAAUGAGAUGCUUGCUUUUUAGCCAAAUACUCCCUCCCACUCUCCCUCACUAUAACGCCUCUUCCAUUCUCAAUUGCGCGCCUUCUCUCUCUAGUCACUCCUCGGUUUUUCUCGGCUCGAUUUCUUCUCCUGCAACUCGUACGUUUUGCUCAAAAUCCAGUGCAAUGUCAUCGAUUCCAAGCCUCCAAAAUUCUCACUCUAUAUCUUACCUCACUCAGCGAGAAGCUGCCGAGGUUGAUGAGACUCUCAUGGGCCCUCUUGGCUUUAGCGUCGAUCAACUUAUGGAAUUGGCUGGUUUGAGCGUCGCAACAUCCAUAGCUGAGGUUUAUAAGCCAAGUGAGUAUAAUCGCGUUCUUGCAAUUUGCGGUCCAGGGAACAAUGGUGGUGAUGGUCUGGUAGCUGCUCGUCAUUUGCAUCACUUUGGAUACAAACCUUUUGUUUGUUAUCCGAAGCGUACAGCAAAGCCACUUUAUGCUGGUCUGGUUACACAGCUUGAAUCACUAUCAAUACCUUUCAUGUCAGUAGAAGAUUUGCCUUUGGACUUGUCCAAGGAUUAUGAUAUUCUAGUAGAUGCAAUGUUCGGCUUCUCUUUUCAUGGCACCCCAAGGCCACCUUUUGAUGAUCUAAUUCAGAAACUGAUUCAUCUACGUAGUUAUGAUCAAACGCUACAAAAACACCCAAUUAUUGUCUCUGUAGAUAUUCCGUCUGGGUGGCAUGUUGAAGAAGGAGAUAUUGGUGGAGAAGGCAUUAAGCCUGACAUGUUGGUUUCUUUAACUGCCCCAAAAUUGUGUGCAAAGAAAUUUAGUGGUCCACACCACUUUCUAGGUGGUAGAUUUGUCCCUCCAGCUAUUGCAGAUAAAUUUAAGCUUCAGCUUCCACCAUAUCCUGGCAGUUCUAUGUGUGUGCGAAUUGGAAAGCCUCCCCAAAUUGAUAUAUCAGCUAUGAGAGAAAAUUAUAUAUCUCCUGAAUUCCUUGAGGAGCAGGUGGAAUCUGACCCCAUUGAUCAGUUUUGCAAAUGGUUUGAUGAUGCGGUGGCUGCUGGCUUGAAGGAACCAAAUGCUAUGGCCUUGUCAACUGCUAGCAAGGAUGGAAAACUCUCUUCAAGAAUGGUCUUACUGAAAGGAGUUGAUAAGGAUGGUUUUGUCUGGUAUACCAAUUAUGAAAGUCGAAAGGCACAUGAUUUAUCUGAAAACCCCCACGCAGCUCUUCUUUUCUAUUGGGAAGGUCUUAACCGGCAGGUAAGAGUGGAAGGAUGCGUGACAAAAGUUUCUGUAGAAGAAUCUGAGCAGUACUUCCAUAGCCGUCCCUGGGGAAGUCAGAUCGGAGCAAUGGUUAGUAAACAGAGUUCAGUCAUUCCUGGAAGGCAUGUUCUACAUCAGAAAUACAAAGAAUUAGAGGAAAAUUUCUCUGAUGGAAGUUUUAUUCCAAAACCAAAACAUUGGGGAGGGUACAGGCUUCAACCAGAGCUUUUUGAGUUUUGGCAAGGACAAAAAUCUCGUUUGCAUGACAGGUUGCAAUAUUUUCCUCAAGAAGUAAAUGGAAAGCGAGUUUGGAAAAUACACCGCUUGGCUCCCUGACUAGUAUUUCCAGCUUCAUUGUGAAUUUUAUCUUUCAUGGUAUUGUGAAAUUUCUUGCAAUGAGUAAUUUAACUUAUUUUAGUAGCCAUAUACGUGCAAUGAGACAGUAAACAUUGUAAGAAGAGGCCCAGUGAAAUGUGUUGCUGCUGUUUUUGGAGUGUUGGAAACUGUAAGGUAUAACUUACAACUGAAUAUAUACAAAUUCAAUGGGAAAAAGAAUCAGUAGUCAUAGAUACUCUGUUGAUAUUCUCACA